UUCCUUUUUGGGUUUUCGUUUAGUAUUCACCCAAACAGACACCAACUCAAGCGAGAUAAAACAAUGGGGCUUAGGUUUUGCUCUCCUAGAUUCCUUGUUUUCGUCUUCCUCGUAUCGGCAAUACCCAUAGCUUAUAUCAUCUCAGAAGAACGUGCCGAGCCUACCAGCCGUGUUUUCCACUACCAUAGCACCGGCUUUUUCAGGGAGUGCGCCAAGUGGGACGAUCAAGGCCGUCGAUUCCUCGUCAGUUUCUUGGAAGGUGGCGUCGGUGAAAUCCACGUUCCCGACGACUACGCACCGGGUCUCGUAUUGCAAGAGUCCACUGUGGUCAAAGACUUUGACUUGGCCGGAAAUUCUUCCCUCGGCAUCGCCGUUGACAGCUCCAGAAAUCGGCUGCUUGUGGUUGAGGCCGACUUGCUCCGUAACCGAUACAGCGCUCUCGUGGCUUAUGAUUUGUCCACGUGGAACCGGCUCUUUUUAACCCAGCUCAGUGGCCCUAGUGAUGAGAAAUCCUUCGCGGAUGAUGUUGCAGUAGAUGCAGAUGGUAAUGCGUAUGUUACCGACGCCAAAGCUAGUAAAAUCUGGAAAGUUGGUGUUAAUGGCGAGUUCUUGUCUGUCAUCAGAAACCCACUCUUCACUCCAAAAGAGUGGUACAAAAACAUGGUUGCAUUGAACGGAAUUGUCCACCACCCCGAUGGUUUCUUGAUUGUAAUUCAUACCUUCAGUGGCAAUUUGUUUAAGAUUGAUCUAAACAAGGGAGACGACGUCAAGUUGAUUCAAGUAGAUGGAGGCUCACUAGUCUUUGGUGAUGGUCUUGAGUUAAUUUCUCCGACAAAGCUGGUUGUUGCCGGGAACCCUUCGGGUAGAUUGGUAGAGAGCUCCAAUGGAUGGGAGACGGCUUCCGUCGUGGCAAAGUUUAAGGGUCCUGCCCAUCGAUUGGCCUCAGCGGCAACUGUGAAGGAUGGGAAAGUUUAUCUCAGCCACUUGGUUGGUAUGGGGUGCCCCAAGAAGACACAUGCCCUUGUUGAGGCUGUUUUCUGAACGUUAGGAAGGGAACAAUCGGAUUGACAAAAUAAAAUUCAUGCUGCAAAAUUGUUGUUUAAUUACAGUUUUCACUUCUUUAUUGUAUCGCCAGUUGUUGGCCAUCCCAUGAUGUUAAUAACGCACCAAGUAGAUGU